AUGCCAGAUAUAUCCUCAAAAAAAGCAAAAAUCCCAAAACCACACACCAAGACUUUCACUGGAUGUUGGACUUGUCGAGAGCGUCGAGUAAAGUGCGACGAAGAACACCCUCGCUGUCAGCGGUGCCAGCGGAGUGGUUGGGAAUGCAAAGGGUAUGAUUUGCGCCUAGGAUGGUCUCAAAUCCCCGGGAGUCGCCCCCAUCGGCGUGAAUUUCGGCCCCUAGCAGUGGAUGUGGACCAUGAGUUAUCAUCUGCCGCUGUGACGGCGCUGCUGGUUGAGUUAGAUGGAUAUUCAGGGGACGACUGUGCCGAAAAACGAGGACCAUUCUCGGUCUUCUCUGUUUCUUCAUGCCCCGAGAAUCCAGAUUCAGGCUGUGUUGAUCUACUCAACUUGGAAGAUACACUUUCAACCCAAAAUGUGGAAGUUACGCAGUAUACCUCGUCGGACUUAAUUAACCCACCAGUUGGUGACAGAGAUAACGAGCUGGCUUCACUGAGACCAACAUGGGACAGAUUAUCACCUAUUACCCCACCAUCUGCGUCUGAAUUCAACGAGGAAUCAUGCACAGCAUUGCCGGAUCCUAAUUAUCGGGUUGAUGACAUCUUUAUUAACGCAACUGCUCAUGUCGUUAAUCAUAAAAAUUCCGAAAACAGGCUGUCAGAACCGAGUGAUUAUGGCAGACCAGUAUCAAAUAUUUGCAACGAUGGGACCGAGAUCUCCAUCUGGAAGUCCAUGAGUCCAUUGAUUCUCCCCAGACCAGAGACAGAGCUAGUCCAUCACUGGGUUGUUUUUCUCAGCGGAAACAUGCUCCUAAUCGACACCGCGGACAACCCCUGCCGGACAGUGUUCCUGCCUCUGGCUCUGAAAGGCCUCGAUGCCUCCCCAACAGAGUCGAACAUCCAUCUCUCAAUCUUCCACGCCAUUUGUGCCUCCUCUGCCUUCAGCCUUUCUCACCUCCGCCACGAUUCGCGGUACCACUCCCUCGCCGUCCACCAUGACCAACUAGCUCUGCGUCAUUUGCGAGGAAGCCUGCAGCGGGCUCGCUGCCUAGAUGAGCCCACAUUAGCUGCCGUACUCACCUGCAUCUCCGCUGAAGCUAUGUCUGGUCGCCGCAGCCGAUGGAGGGCGCAUGUUUCUGGAUGCCUUGGCCUCCUGCAAAACGAGGUCCAAGGCGACUGGAUCCAAAGUCCGACUGCUGCUAGAUUACUUCAAAGUUAUCUGUCUCUUUCGUCUCUAUGUAGUCUUCCUAUACCCGAACGGCUGAUGUCGCUCCUCAAUGGCCCCUCCGAUUUCCAUCACCACCUAGAGCGAUCUCAUGGAGUCACAACACCACUGGUCCAAUACCUCGCUCAAAUCACUACACUUGUUGAAUCCCGGACACAGCUAUCCGUCGAAGAACUAGACCGACUUGAACUCCAACUCUACUUGAACUUUCCAUCCCCGUCCAACCCAAACGCCCCAGGUUCGAUCAUCGUCCAACACGCUCUGAACUCAUUCUACUAUGCGACGAUUGUAUACUUCCGCCGCAGUUUGCGUGGCGCACUUUUGUGUGACGUACAGGAUUUGAUCGAGAAAGCAAUACACGAGCUUGAAUCUGUUGAUGCGCUCACGCGUGACAAGGGCGGUUGUUCCUACAACUGGGCAAGUUUUGUAAUUGCGGCUGACUGCGAGCGAUCUGAUCUGCAAGGUCGCAUGUUGGCAUUCUUUGACCGGAAAAGUCGGCACGGGAUCCAGAAUAUCAAUAUAUUAUGUGAAAUUGUUCAAGCCCUGUGGAACCGGCGGACAGCGGCUGGACCGUAUGUCGAUAUACAGUGGCAGGAUAUUGCAAGGGAAGCUGAUUUUGACUUCAUGCUUGUUUGA